GUAAAGAACGAUGAAGUCUCCUUCUCUGAUCAUGGGAAUCCGGGAGGAGAGGGCACAGGGGUGAAAUCGACAGAAGACCGAAUGAUGAUUGAAUUGGAUGAAGCAGGAAAGGUUGGCGGCUUGGGAGAAGGGCUCUCCUGGGCCGCUUUGAUAUCAACCUUAGGGAGAGGAGAGGAGGACACGCCCAGGUUUUUAGUGCCUUUGAUUUUCGCAAACUCCAACAAAGGAGUCAUGGUCCUCGCAGCCCAAUGGGCAGAUGGUUCGAUGGAAUUACCGGCGAUCACAGCCAAUGAGGCAUUGGCUGAAUCCAUUAUCUUAAGGAAAACCAAAUCUCUGAUCCCGUCCUGUGUACAAUGCCGUCUCAUUCAAUGCUUGCGAACGGGAGUCCACACCAUCACAAUAGACAAUGGGAAAUUGCACCUCCUCUUUGCUUUUCUGAAUGCCAAAAUGGACAAUGCGAUCAAAGACAAACUGAAAUCGCUAGAUUGGGAUUGGUUCACUCUGGAAAUUCUGGACUCGGAAUUAAACGAAGAGUUGGACUACAUCUUGUUGAAGGGCUUCACAACAAAGCUCAUAGCCGAAUGGCUAAAAGAUGCGGAAGUCCACAGAGGCAUUUUGUUUGAGGAUUCCUUCUCUGACAUCCUGAAAUCUCCUUGGCUAGAGGGAGCUACCUUGUCGUCAGGGAAAGAGGGAACGAGAAGAAGAAAACAAAUUGAGAUCUCCUCCUCCUCUGGAAGCCGUAUCCAUGGCAAAGACGGUCUCCCAGGCCCUGUAGGUCCUGAUGACGAAUAAAUCGAAUCUGAAAAUUGUUUCGUGGAAUGUUCGUGGUUUAAAUGACUCCGGUACAAAACACAGAAGAAGUCGUCUUAAAACAUGGAUCCACAAAAACCAUGCCCAGAUUAUCUGUAUUCAAGAGUCGAAAUUGGAUGAGUCUAGACUUCAGGAAACAGGAAAGUGGUGGUCUGGCCCCCAAUAUUGGAGCCCAGCGAGAGGAGGGGAAGGUGACCAAAGAACUAGAGGAGUGAAAAUUCUCUUCCAUAAAGAUCUUGAAAUCAAAAUACUCGAUCAUAUGGAGGAUAUCUGGGGACGGUGGGUGUGGGUGAGUUUCUCCAUGGGGGAUGAAGACUGGGCCAUUAUGUCAGCUUACUUGCCUGUAUGUUAUGGGGAUAAAGUUAAAUUUAUUUC